UUCCUCAUUCAUUCGCACGCAAUUCAUCUCCUCCUAUCGGACUUCGCCACACACACCACAUCGGGCAAUCAAUCUCAAAGCUUCUCUCUUUUUCUUUUUCUUUUUUUUUUUUUUUUUAAUUCCUUCUUCUACCUUCUCCAAUUUCCCGAGAGAUUCAAUGAAGCAGUAAAGAGAAGCAAAAAUUGGAAAUUUAUAUAUAUUUUCUUCGGAGCUUAAGCCCUGAGUCUGUCUGAUCUGUCGGAGAGAAAAGAGAGGACGUGUCUCGCAUCGUUGUCUGACUCUCUCUAUAAUUUUAGCUCAUAAUAUAAAGAAUGGGAACGAGCGAAGAAAAGACGCCUUCCAAACAAGCAUCCUCCGCACAGGACAUUCCUCCCACGCCGUAUCCAGACUGGUCAAACUCAAUGCAGGCUUAUUAUGGAGGAGGAGGUACUCCGAAUCCUUUUUUCCCUUCUCCUGUUGGAUCUCCUAGUCCUCACCCCUAUAUGUGGGGUGCUCAACACCAUAUGAUGCCGCCUUAUGGGACCCCGGUUCCGUACCCAGCCAUGUAUCCUCCAGGCGCAGUCUAUGCUCAUCCUGGCAUGCCCAUGCCUCCUACUUCUGCUCCAACCAACAAGGAGACCGUGAAAGAGCAAGCCGCUGGAAAGAAGUCGAAAGGGAACUUGAAAAGAAAGGGUGAAGGAGGUGAGAAGGCGCCUUCUGGUUCAGGGAACGAUGGUGUUUCUCAAAGUGAUGAAAGUGUCACAGCGGGUUCAUCUGAUGAAAAUGGUGAGAAUGCUAACCACCAGGAGCAAGGUUCAGUUAGGAAGCCGAGCUUUGGACAAAUGCUUGCGGAUGCAAGUUCUCAGAGUAAUACUACUGGUGAGAUAGUGCCCAUGAAGCCACUGGCCCCUGGGACUAAUCUGAAUAUGGGAAUGGACUUAUGGUCUUCCCAGGCUGGCGUAGCUGUGAAGGAUGAAAGAGAGCUCAAGAGGCAGAAAAGAAAACAGUCUAACCGUGAAUCCGCCAGGCGGUCCAGACUGCGGAAGCAGGCGGAAUGCGAACAGCUUCAACAGAGAGUAGAGAGUUUGACGAGCGAGAAUCAAAGCCUGAGAGAUGAGUUACAGAGACUCUCCAGCGAAUGUGAGAAGCUCAAGACUGAGAACAGCUCUAUCCAGGAAGAGUUGGUAAGAGUGCAUGGACCAGAGGCCGUAGCUGCUAAUUUAGAACAGAGUGAUGCUGGCUCUAAAGACGGCGAAGGAACAAACUAACACACUUAGGAAACAUGGAACAACUCCAUUACGUUAUUAUUGUGAUUUUCCAAAACUUAUUUGUAAACCAGUCUAAAAGUUAUUUGAGAUUUACUGUGAGACCAUGACCACCAUACAACCGUUUGACAUUUUGUGUAAUAGUGUGUGAUUACACAAUAAGGCUGUAAAAGCUGUAGAGCUAUUAUGACUACACUUGUUUGUUUUAUUAGUCUUCGUGAUCGGAUUCAGAUUCUUCCAAA